AUGAUUUUAAAAGCUCAAAAUUCCAGUAAAUUUCCAACCAGGAAAAUUCCAGCAUAUGAACGGAAUAAUUGCAAAACAAGAUGUCGUGUACUGCCUGAGAAACCGAAACAUGGUCUAGUGAUAGCACCUAAAACAGAUCAUGGAAUGAAAGCUCUUUUUUUAUGCAAGGACGGAUAUCAGCUAGUGGGACCUAAUGUAACUGAAUGUCAUUACGGAGAAUGGAUUCUACCCACUCCAAUGUGCAAAGAGAUUUAUUGUCCCUUUCCUGGUGUCUUGGAACAUGGACGAGUACUUCUUGUGGGUUACAUGGGAAUGUACGACUACAGGCCAUACGUAAAAAAAGUUACAAACAAUCGGCAGAUUAUGUAUGAGUGCCAUCGUCACUAUACGCUGAAAGACGGACCACCUGGCGCUACCUGUGUGGAUGGCCAAUGGAGUCCAAAACAAAUGCCAACAUGUGUUAAAGGCUCUCAUCCUCAGUUAACUAAUGAUCAACAACAGAGGAAACGUCGAGAGUUGAUCAGAGCUCAUCUUAGAAGAGAAAGAGGAAGACGAAGAAGACGGGGAAAACACAUUCGCAGCAGGACACAAGCAAGAAGCAUUAGGGAACCCUGUUCUUUACGUGAAAGUGAUUGGAUGGAGGUAGAGAUCGUACGACUGGGACGAGGCAAUGAGUCCUUGCCUCAUGGCACAAUCAUCAAUGUUACCUGUACUCCUGGAUAUUCUCUAAACAUUGGCAACAGAACAGCAAAGUGCGUUAAAGGUAGAUGGAAGCCGAAGGAACCAGAGUGCCAGACCUUACCUUGUCCAGUACCGACGACACCCAAUGGUGUAUAUCACCAUUUUCAGCGUACUGUUCUAGAGAAGGAAGGCAUGCCUCACGGAGAAGUGGUGACGCUGACUUGUCUCCCGGGAUUCCAACUUAUGGGACCAGAUUCUUUGCGAUGUUGGUAUGGUGACUGGGCCGUCGACAACCUUCCAGAGUGCGUACCAAUACCUUGUCCAGUACCGACUACACCCAAUGGUGUGUAUCACCAUUUUCAGCGUACUGUUCUAGAGAAGGAAGGCAUGCCUCACGGAGAAGUGGUGACGCUGACUUGUCUCCCGGGAUUCCAACUUAUGGGACCAGACUCUUUGCGAUGUUGGUAUGGUGACUGGGCCGUCGACAACCUUCCAGAGUGCGUACCAAGUGAAGAGUUAGAAAACUUAAAUGGUUAA